CAGGGGUCCUUAACCGCAUCAACGUCCACGUCAGCUCUCGACGGCAGUGCCGACCACAAGUUUUUUUGUCGUCCGAGGAAUGCUCCCACCUUUCACCCUCACCUACACAUGGAAUUAAUGUCUUUAUAAGAUCUCAGAGAUAUUGUCAAGCCCUCUCGUGAUCAUUUGUGGUUUACGACUUCAGCACUGCUCGUUUCUAGAAUGGCUCCCGUCUACGACAAAACCGGAGUUGUUGCCGCGCACUUAGUGCGAAGCGCCAGGACGGCUGUUGUAGCUGUCGGUCCGGAGGUCGCACGACUUGCAACCCGAGGUGUCUUGUCAAACCGCGGUCUCACCGUCUCGAGCGACGCACAGAAAGUGACACUCGGCAUAAUUGCUGUUUAUGUGGUUGUCAUUGCGAUAUUAUGGAACCUACCAUACGUUCGGUGGAGUUUGUGGCCGUUCAAGAUGCUAGUGAUUGCUUUCCAUGAAUUUGGACAUGCAAUCACUGCUGUAUGUACAGGAGGUCGCGUCAAAUCCAUAUCGCUUGAUCCUCGCGAGGGUGGCGUGACGCACAUGGUUGGCGGGAAAAGUGCCGUUACCCUACCAGCUGGCUACUUGGGAUCAUCACUCAUCGGUGCUCUAUUGAUCUUCUGUGGUUUUGAUAUCGUUGCAAGCAAAGUUGCCAGUAUGGUUCUGGGAGUUUGCUUCCUGCUCACUCUUUGGUGGGGCAAGAGAGAUUGGUUAACGAUCGUAACGGUCCUGUUGGCGGUGGGGUUGAUCGUCGCAUGUUGGUUUAUCGUUCAUGCAGAGCCCCUCCGGUUUGUCGUCCUAUUCAUCGGCGUCAUGUCCUCGCUUUACAGUGUUUGGGAUAUUUGCGAUGACCUGAUUCUACGUAAAGUCAACAGCUCUGAUGCGAGUGUGUUUGCUCAGCGCUAUGGAGGAUCGUCCCAAUGCUGGGGUGUCAUCUGGUCGUUCAUCUCGGUUCUCUUCAUGGUUGCCGGUAUAAUUGCUGGCAUCGCAGCAUUCCCGGAGUCUUUUGCGCAACAAGAGCAGGACUCUCAGAACUUCCUCCCAACACGAUAGCGAUUCCACACCGAUCGAACUCGAGCCAUUGGAGAGCAAGGUCACAACUGCAUGGUACGUCGCGAAUAUUCAGAAAUUAUUCGCGGUAUCGAGGCCUGCAUUUUCGAAACUACCCCUGGUCGAAUAGGUUGUUUUCUGACUUUCGAACGCAGAGUCUAAAUGUGCAUGUCUGUGCAGCAUACUAUUCUGCGGUCACGACAGCUCAACGGACCACAAGGACAAAUUCAUCUCGGACUCCGAAAUAGAGCUUGGGCAAGGAAGCUGUUCAGCAAUGUUUACAAAACUCUGUUCUGAGCAGCAUUGAUAUAUUGAAAGGCGACAUCGAAAGAAUCUCAAACUCACUAGCUGUAGUCCCGAAGGUCCUCGAGAAACUAAAGAAAAAUCACUCCAUAAUGAGC